AUAAUCAAUAGGUUUCAUUCUCACGCGUUUCAAAACACAACACACGAUUUGAAGGACAAUCUAUCUCUCAUAAGGUCCGAGCUUGAAAUCUGAAACCUAGUAGUUGUAGAACUAUUGAAGUUGCACUAGAUGCUAGUUGUGCCGCUUUGAUGCGAAUACUAUUUGAUACUUUAAGAAUGUUGUUUCUUGGUGAAAUUUUAAUUAUAAUAGGGUUAUACUGUUCUCUUUGUUGGUUGUUCGACAACCUUCGGGGACCUAUGUCGAUUGUGAUAGGUGGCAUAAAAGAGCUCGUACACAAGCAAACGUUUUCCGAGAAAUAUGGUGAAUGGGCAGUGAUAACCGGAGCUUCGGAUGGGAUCGGAAAAGGCUAUGCGCGUUAUCUCGCCAGGAAAGGCAUGAAAAUUGUACUAAUAGCGAGGAACGAAGAAAAACUAAGUUGCGUGGCACAAGAAAUUACCAAGACAUAUUUGGUACAAACAAAGAUAAUUGUAGCAAAUUUUUGUGAUGGCGAGAGCAUUUACGAUCAUCUCAAGGAGAAGCUUAAUUCGCUAGACGUUGGUAUAUUGGUCAACAAUGUUGGACUUUCAUACAACAGGGGCAUGUGUGUUGAGCAGUUGGCACAGCAAGCACUGUGGGAUUUAUUGUACGUGAAUAUAGCGCCUGUUACUCUGCUGUCUCAUAUGCUGAUACCCUUUAUGAAACAAAAGCGUCGAGGAUUAAUUAUCAAUGUAUCAUCACUUUCGGCAGCAGCACCGGCUCCGUAUUUGACCGUUUACGCGGCAGCUAAGGCCUAUGUAAGAAAUUUUUCAAUUGCAUUGCGACAAGAGCUACGCGAGUUUCAAGUAGAGGUACAAACCGUCCUACCAGGAUUCGUUCACACAAACAUGACGGAUUUUGUUGCCUCCGACGAAUACAAAAACAGCGGCAUAAGAAAACAUUUGGUGCUUCUGGAUGAUUAUAUCCGAUACGCCGGGUUUACGAUUGGGAAAAGUGAUCAUACAUGUGGAUACUGGACUCACGGCCUGCAAUACGCAGGACUGAAACUUAUUCCUGAGCAGUUUCGGGUGUUCGUGUUACAGAUGAUUUAUGACAAAUUGCGAAAUGGCAAAGAAAAGAAUAAUUAAACAGUAAAAGGUUCACCCAAGUGUGUAUGCUAGCUAAAACUAAACUAAAAUUACUUUACAAGACGAUAGAACACAGUUGAUAAAAUAUUCUCAAAAAACAGUGCUGCUACAUUCCACUCUUUUUUUUACAUCGUUUCUCGCUUUAGCAAAAAAGAAUGUGACAACAUACAGCAAACAAAUAUUAUGAUUUAAAAGUUGUAUUUUUUGCAAAACAAGAUGGCUAAUAUUACCCAAUACGCGACGCGACAUCAUACAUA